AAAAUGUAAAUAGACCAAACAGUGAAGUGGAAGCUAGUCCGCACAACAAAAUCUCUUCAUCUAGUCAUAGUCAUAUACCGGCGCGCCCUAUGGCUAUAUCGGAUCAACACAAUGACAACAGCAUUUCUCCGGGUAAGACAACUCCAAUCAAGACCGAGCAAUCUAAACACAAUACACUGGCAUGUUACGACUGAGCCAGGGUUCAUCACGAAGCCCCGGCCUUCGAGCUGGGAUAAGCCCAACAAACCGAAACCAACCAAGAAGUUCACGACCACCACGACCAAACCCCACAAGAACUACUUGAAGCCCAAAGACCCAAUGAUCAACGUCAUCAAUAAAACUGAUGAUACGACGAUGCCGAGUAUUCAGACUACUGCCGCUACAAGUACUGUUGAAUGCGGUAUGACCUCAAUGUUAUCCCGACCUGAUUCCCGUAUCAUGGGCGGCAAGGACUCCAGCUUCGGUCGCUGGCCGUGGCAGGUCUCCGUCAGACGGAAUUCCUUCUUCGGUUUCUCGUCGACUCACCGCUGUGGUGGCGCCAUCAUCAACGAAGGCUGGAUAGCCACGGCGGGACACUGUGUUGAUGACCUGCUGACAUCUGCGAUACGGAUCCGAGUUGGUGAAUUCGACUUCUCGUCAGUAUCUGAGCAGUAUCCUUACGUGGAGCGCGGCGUCGCCAGAAAAGCUGUUCAUCCUAAAUAUAACUUCUUCACAUACGAAUACGAUUUGGCGCUGGUGAAGUUGGAUUCUCCUGUGCAGUUCGCGCCUCAUAUAUCGCCCAUAUGUCUGCCGGCUUCCGAUGAUUUGCUGGUUGGAGAAACUGCAACUGUUACUGGAUGGGGGAGAUUGUCAGAAGGGGGUGUGUUGCCGUCUAUCUUGCAAGAGGUUCAAGUUCCCAUAGUAUCAAACGAGCGCUGCAAAUCAAUGUUUCUUCGCGCGGGCAGACAUGAGUUCAUUCCUGACAUAUUCCUGUGCGCUGGCCACGAGACCGGCGGACACGAUUCUUGCCAAGGAGAUUCUGGUGGACCACUACAGGUGAAAGGAAAGGAUCACAGAUACUUCCUGGCUGGCAUCAUCAGCUGGGGCAUCGGCUGUGGAGAAGCCAACCUCCCUGGAGUCUGUACUAGGAUAUCCAAAUUUGUGCCCUGGAUUCUGCAAACUGUCAAUUUAUGAAUAUAACACCUCAUUACAAUUUAAGCCAUUGUUGCAACAUCUGUAAAAUAUAGAUUUGCAAGAGCGACAUCUCAAGUCAAUUUCCUAAUAUGUAAAUAUUGGGGUUGAGUAGGUUAUCAACUGUAAAGUAGAUCCUGUAGAUGAAGCCACAACUUGAAAGUUGAACAAGACAUACAAGAUUUAUCAACGAUACGUCACUCGAACGGUUGGCCUAGUUGGUAAGAGCGCACGCACGGAACGCGAGACGUCGCAGGUUCAAGUACCGCAUCGUUCAUAAAAUUUUGUUUUCAAAUUUUAUUUGUGUAAUAUAUUUGUUCCCAGAACUGAGGGUUAUCACUUUGAAACAUAACAAAUUGUUUAUAUCUGUAUUCAUUAAUCCAACUGAUUUUAACACUAUCUAUGUUAUUACCUAAUAAACGCGAAGUAAAGUUAUUUACAAUUUAAAUCUUUUUGUCUUUUAAUUAAAAAAAAAAGUAAUUCUAAAUUUGGAGUAACUUUUCAUUGUGUUUAUUAAUAAUACAGUAUAUGCUAUUAGCAGUGUCAAUAUAAUGUGUCCAUAUAAAAUCUAAGACGUAGCGUAAUGCGAUACGAUCCUGGUCGAAUGACACUUCACUUAAUAGAGAAUAAUAUCGUAUGUGCUACCAACCAGAAAUGGAUCUAAUACAAAAUUGUUUACAAAUAAAGUUAUUUCUACUACUAGGAAAAAAAAUAUUGCAUUAAUCUCAGUAUCAACAAGUAUCUCAGUAACAAGCAUUAACUAACGGCCGUUUUAGAUAACCUAUCUAUCCUUAGUUUAACUUACUAGAGGUAAACAAAUCUAUCCUUUUACGCUUACUUACAUUUCAAUAACCUAUCGACAUAAAGCAUUGGACUAUAACUAUAUUGGACAUAACUAUGGAUAGAUAAGAUCUUGUCAUUAAACGGUGACAGCAAUGUAUCCGUAACUAGAGAUACGUUAUUGAAAUAGGCCGUUAGUAUACUUACGUAAUAGACAGAGUGUUUGACUGCCUCAUUACGGCAGGACUAAAUUUAUAAUGUUCAUGUGUGCUAGUUUUACAGAUGUGUUAGUGAGAUAGUGAAGUAUGUAGUAUUUUGCUUUUGGUCCAUCCCUAUGACAAAUAUCGAUAAACAGCGUCAUAUUCACGUAUACAAUAUUUUAUUAUCUAAAACAUAUUUGCAUAAAAUUCAUAUUAUAAUCAUUAGAAAAGAGAAUGUUUACCUACUGCUUAUUUAGAAUAUAAAUCCAAAUAUUAAGUUGAAUAUGUUCUACAAUAAUACUUACCACGAAAGUAGUAUUGAAGAAUUAGUAUUUACCUGUGAAAUGUUUCUUUAUUUGGAUUGUUUCUGUAGGUAUAUAACAACACAAUCUAAUACCGAACACGAAACCAUUAUAUUGUUUAAAUAAAAUCCGUUAAAAAACCGAAUAAUUACGAUAAAAACACUAAAAUUAAAACGCGGUCCAAUUUGACAGGAGAUUAAUGGAUACUAAAUUGUUUAAAAAUAGUUUCACGGUGUAUCUAUUCCGUCUCUUUCUCAAACUUAGGUUUUUGUGUAAGGAUAGUUAUCUCACUCUCACAUAGAACCCUUUUUUUCUUUCUUUCUAAUAGUAGAAAGAAAGAGAGAAAUAUAUUACGCUAGAAUGCUAAGUUUAUGGUAACAAGCCAUUUCCGAUCAGCUUGAUUCUUUGGCGUUGCGUGGAGAUGUAUGUUCUCGUUCCAUCUUCUACCGCAUUUAUCACGGUGAGUGCUUAGAAGAAAUGUGCGGGGUUCGGUUCGCUUUAUAUGAACUGGGCCUUAAGAUAUAAAGUAUGUUUUCCUAUUAGUUCAUUUAGUCCACCUAACUUAGAUGUACAGACAUACUGUUCAAUAGAGUACGACAAAUACUAUUGAAGUAUGGAUUACGAAAUUAAAUUCUCUUUCAAAAAUACUAAGCAACUUCCCUAAACUUAAAAAAAUAUUGCAUUCUUUACACAAAUCAUGAAUAUUAUAUGUAUAUGUAGACCAAUAAAUGUUAGAGAAUUCUUCUUAUUUAUUCUUUAAAAUGCGUACUUACCUUCAGGAGUGUUGGAUAUAUUCAACAUUUUGUGAGGUGUUUUAUUAACAGAACAGUCAACCGUAAGGUGUGUCACAGACAGACGAUGCGAUUGUCGGUGCGAUAAACUAUCCACUAUUAUUAUAACAGAAUAACUGUUAAGUCAUCGGCUAAAAUAUUCAAUAAUUUUACUGUCAUAUUAAUUUAUUUUAUCUCUUACUAACUCUGACAAACUAGUAAAAGAGAUAAAGACUAAAGCUAAAAAAAAGUGUGUAUUUAUUUAAUAUGUACGCACGCAAGAACUUUACACUUCUUAUACUUCUUUGGCGUGACAAAAUAAAAAUCCUUAAAAAAUAUUCUUUGUGCUAUUUUACAAGUAGAAAGAACUGUAUUGUAAUAAAAAAAAGUGUUAAAUACAUCCGAUGUGAGCCGAUGUACUGUCACUAAUUAUAGUGGUACUUGUAAGUUCCCUAUAGUAUCGCAUUAUCCACCGCAUCUCAGUCUGUCUGGGACAUGCCUUAAGCUAUACAGACCUCGUACCUGCGAGACUGUGAAAAGCUUAAAGCGGUGCUUGCUUCAAUUUAAUAAACGCCUGUUCUGAAGGCGAAAUAGCAAGAAAAGUUGCACGCUGUAUGGAAAGUCACAUAAUUUUCUUAUUGUAGUCACAUAAGCAUGUGUACAGUACAUAUACAAAUAUAUAUUAAAUGGAUAUAUAAUCAAUUAGUAUACAUUUUAUUAAUGCUUUUUAAAUAUUGUAGAUAAUUUGCGCGGUGGAACCUUUUUUUUUAAAACUAAUAAUAAAUGCAUUUAAUGUAAAAGAAGAUCAAUUAACUGGGAAAUAAAAUGGUUCAACAUAAGAUUGCUUGAAAUGCUCGGGAUAUAGUUUUUUUUUUAUAUUUUUGUAAAUUGUUUUAUAAUGUGCUUUUCCCUACGUAUAGAGUUAUUAGGUAAUCGAAUAGAUAAUUUAUAAUUUUGUAACUAAAACAAUUUAUUCCUAAAUGUAAAUAAUUUUAUGUAAAUGUAUUUGAUAAUAAUUAUGGAAAUAAUUUCUUGCCUUUUGUAUUUUUAUACAGUAUUAAUUUUAAAUGUAGGUGUGCAUUGUAUACAUUAUAAUAUGUACAUAUAAUAGACUAUUUAGGAUAUGUAUGGCCUGUAAAAUAAAAUUACAUAUUUAAAGUGUAAAAUGUAAAAAUUACCAAAACCUAUUUACAAUGUUUUAAUUUAAUUAAGAUGCUUAAUAUAUUUAUAGCUUAUCAAUCAUAAUAUAAUAUAAAGUUUGUUUGAAUGAAUAGUUUAUGAUUAUGUUGUUUGAUAAUUGCACAAUAAUAUUGUUAAUAAAUAAAUAUUUGACAUGA